CAAACAGACGCCUAUUUCUCGGCGAGACACACCCUCCUUCACAGUAGGAGAGGAACUCCCACUUUCCACUGACGGUGCGUUCAAGGAGCUUGACAGAACAGUGGCACCGCUCAGUUUUCUGUGGAGAGCAGGACGCGCAGCAGAGGGCUCAUCAUGGCACCACUUGGACUAAAAGCCAUUGUUGGAGAAAAGAUAAUGAACAAUGUCAUCAAGAAGGCAAGAGAAAAAGGGAAAUGGAAGGUGCUGGUGGUGGACAAGUUGAGUAUGAGGAUGGUUUCCUCCUGCUGUAAGAUGACAGACAUCAUGUCAGAGGGAAUCACCAUUGUAGAAGACAUAAACAAGCGGCGUGAGCCUCUACCCAGCAUGGAGGCCAUCUACCUGAUCACACCCUCAGAUGAGUCUGUUGAGGGCCUGAUUGAUGACUUCAGAGACCCGCAGUCUCCAAGGUACCGAGCAGCUCACGUCUUCUUCACCGACACAAUCCCAGACUCUUUGUUUGGACUGUUGACCAAAUCCCGCGCCUCCAAAGCCAUGAAGGCCUUGACCGAGAUCCACAUCGCCUUUCUGCCAUAUGAAUCACAGGUCUUCUCCCUGGAUAAAGUGGAUGCCUUUCAGGACUUCUACAGCCCCUUCAAGGCUGACGUAAAGAACAACAUGCUGGAGCGUUGUGCUGAGCAGAUCGCCACCCUCUGUGCCACUCUCAAAGAGUAUCCUGGAGUCCGAUACAGAGCGGAGUACAAAGACUGUGCAGUUCUGGCCCAGAUGCUUCAGGAGAAGCUGGAUGGCUACAAAGCUGAUGACCCCACCAUGGGAGAGGGUCCAGACAAAUCUCGGACUCAGCUGCUCAUUCUGGAUCGUGGCUUUGAUCCUGUGUCCCCUCUCCUGCAUGAGCUUACACUUCAGGCCAUGGCUUACGACCUGCUGGGCAUCGAGAACGAUGUCUACAGGUUUGAGACCAGUGGGAUGGGAGAGACGAGAAUGAAGGAGGUAUUGCUGGAUGAGGAUGACGACCUGUGGCUGACUCUGAGACACAAACACAUCGCUGAGGUGUCAACGGCUGUGACUCGUUCUCUGAAAGAUUUCUCUGCUAGCAAAAAGAUGAACACUGGAGAAAAGACCACCAUGAAGGAACUGUCUCAGAUGCUGAAGAAGAUGCCUCAGUAUCAGAAAGAGCUUAGCAAGUAUUCAACACAUCUCCACCUGGCUGAGGACUGCAUGAACCGCUACCAGGGCACUGUGGACAAACUCUGUCGUGUAGAACAGGAUCUGGCAAUGGGCACAGAUGCAGAGGGAGAGAAGAUCAAGGAUCCCAUGAGGCUCAUUGUACCCAUUCUACUGGACGCCAAUGUCAUUGUAACUGACAAGAUCCGCAUCAUCCUGCUUUACAUCUUUCUUAAGAACGGGGUGACUGAGGAGAACCUGUGUAAGCUCCUUCAGCAUGCCAACAUCCCACCAGAGGACAGUGACAUCAUUUCCAACAUGGCCCACAUGGGUGUUCCUAUUGUCUCUGAGGGCACCGCCAAGAAAGCCAAGAAGCCGGAUCGUAAAGAACGGAUCAGUGAGCAGACCUACCAGCUCUCCAGGUGGACUCCUCUUGUCAAAGACAUCAUUGAGGAUGCCAUUGAGGACAAACUUGACCCCAAGCAGUACCCGUACAUUUCCCAGCGACAAGCAUCUGCCAAAGCCAGUGCUCCAUCAAGUGCUCGCUAUGGUAACUGGCACAAGAACAGGGGCCCCACAGAGAUGAGGACAGGGCCCAGGAUCAUCAUCUUUAUUAUUGGAGGGAUGACGUAUAGCGAGAUGCGCUGUGUGUAUGAGGUUACCCAGGCCAAUGGCAAGUGGGAGGCCCUAAUCGGUUCCACCCACAUUCUCUCCCCCCCUAAGUACCUACAGGAACUACAGCACCCAGACUUCUUGGACCCCAAUGCCCCAGCGGAGGGCACAGAGGAGCCGCCUGCAGAAUGAAUGAAAAGACGUUUGGAAGAUCAACUGAUAUCUUCACCCCUUCUCGCCAUCUAAAAACCAUCAAAGACUUAGAGAAGGAAGAGCAGACCAGUUAAGAAGCUCCCGUAAUGAUCCCUCCCCGGACCUAAUACAGCAGUCACACCAAGCUAUGACCCCCCCCCAGCAUGACACAUCAUACAUUUGAUGUUGUAUACAAUUCAGUUGCUGUUACCGUAUAAACCAAACUGUGUUUUAAAUUGAGUGUGUUGAUGUUGAUCAAAGUUUAUUGUAAGAGUGAAUUUGUGUUGAAUGUUGUCCAUUGUAUAUUGUUGGAUGAUCAUUCCCUUGGAAAAGUAAUGUAUGUGAAUUAGUUUAGAUGACUGGAUGAGACUCAGGGAUAGUGGGCUAUAAAUGAAAACUGGAGGGUCCAGAGGGUUGAGUAUACAUGGACACUAUUCCACUGCUUCACAGUUAUAAUGGAACAAAGUGGUCUAUUUCAUUGGAGACUCAUGGAUUUGACACAUUAUUUGUACAUCUAGUUCUAAUGUUAUCCCUCCCCUACCAAUACACUAUCAACUUUCUUUUUUUAUUUUGUUGGAUCAUGCCAGUUUGUAUGUAGUGCUUUCCAUACAGUAGCAACCAUGCAAUACUGUACAAAUAAUCAGAUUUACAGUGAUGUGUCUGACCUUGGAAAUUCCAAUGUACUCUGAUGUUAUAUUUAGCUGUAGAUUAAGCCUUUGAAGGGUAAUUAUACAAUAUAGCUGGAUAGUCUCUUGUGCAUUCUCUCAAUACUCGGCAGUGUUUCUGGCAUUGUAUUUUUAUCCUGUAGAGAUUCAGUUUCCUUUUGCUUCCCCAUG